GGAGAAGAUGAUUGCAUCCCCUGCACCGUGGGAGAUAACCUGGCAUGACGAAGAGAAGAAAAAAAUCUUCAUCACCAACUUUUUCCUUCCUUUCUUUUUGUAAUACAUAGCUAUUUUAACUUCACUGCAUGGUGCUCUGUGAGCAGGAAAGUUCAGCCAUGCAGCUGAAUGAAAGUGGAUUUCAAACCUCGGCUCCAGAGCUGUGUAAGCAGCAAAUUUUACUGGAGGACAAUGUUGGAAACUGCAGCGGGGGAUCCACCAGCAACCUGUCGCUGCACUGCUGGCUGCAGCUGCUGACCAGGGACUCCAUCAUGGAAUUUCAGGGAGACAGCUCCAGCCUGGUGGUGCGUGUGAUGAUAGCGUGUGUCUACUCUAUAGUCUGUGCACUGGGGCUGGUGGGGAACUCUCUGGCUCUGUAUCUGCUGCACUCACGUUACAGGCAAAAGCAGUCAUCUAUCAACUGCUUUGUUAUGGGACUGGCUAUCACUGACCUUCAGUUUGUACUGACUCUACCAUUCUGGGCGGUGGACACAGCUCUAGACUUCCGCUGGCCAUUUGGACGUGUGAUGUGCAAAAUCAUCAGCUCCGUCACCACCAUGAACAUGUAUGCCAGUGUCUUCUUCCUCACAGCAAUGAGCAUGGCACGUUAUUACUCCAUCUCUUCUUCUCUGAAGAUGCACAGCCGGAGGGCAGCGGCUUCCAGAGCCAAGUGGACAAGCCUGGGGAUCUGGGCUGUGUCUCUGUUGGCCACAUUGCCUCAUGCCAUCUACUCCACCAGUGCCCAGGUGUCAGAUGAGGAGCUCUGCCUUGUACGCUUCCCAGAUUCAGGCAGCUGGGAUCCACAACUUCUUUUGGGUCUCUACCAGCUGCAGAAAGUCCUCCUGGGGUUCCUUAUCCCUCUGAUCAUAAUCACUGUCUGCUACCUGCUGCUGCUGCGCUUCAUCCUCAGCAGACGCAUCACAGGGGCUGGGGGCCCAGAGGUGGAGCAGAGCCGGCAAAGCCGUCGCUCCAAAAUGACAAAAUCCAUUGCCAUUGUGGUUCUGUCCUUCUUUCUGUGCUGGCUUCCCAACCAGGCGUUGACCCUGUGGGGAGUGCUCAUAAAGUUUGACCUGGUCCCCUUCAGCAAAGCUUUCUACAAUGCACAGGCUUACGCCUUCCCCCUGACGGUGUGUCUGGCUCACACCAACAGCUGCCUCAACCCCGUGCUUUACUGCUUAAUCCGCCAGGAGUUUCGAGCAGGUUUGAAGGAGCUUCUUCUUCAUGCCACACCGUCCUUUAGAGGCCUAACUCAUCUGCUGCGCCACAAGGCCAAAAAGACAGAGGCACCACCUGCUCUGGUGCUCGUCCAGAUGGAUGUUUGAGUUGAGCAAACUGAGCCACACAGUGGAGGGGCAAGAGAGAGAGAAUGACUAAAUCACAGAAAGACCUCCUUAAAGUGUGACUAAUCUUGAUUUAAAACCUGGUUAUGCAUUCGCCUCCACCCUCUCAACACAGAAUCUUUAAUAUCUUCUACCUGGAUUUGAAAACAUGAUCAAAAUGGACUAACCAGUGGGCUGUGCCCCAUUUUCACCAUAUGAUUCAAGGUCCUUUCUGCUGUAAAUGUGUAUACCUGCUUUACAAGGUACCUGUGUCACUGUGUUAUGUUUCCUCACUGCUUUAAGCCUCUGACAUGCUUUCUGGAAAACAGAGAUAAUCAGUGAUAAUGAGAUUCAGACUGUUGUACCACUGAGAGAACCUCAUUUUGAUUUCAAUUAGGCACAGUAUCAGUUCGACGAAUGGCAAGAGCUAUUAUUUAGUCUCUUGAAUGAAACUUGAACUGUAAAAUAAUGAGGCAUUACUCAGCUAGAAACAAGAAAGACCCGCAAUGAAUAUGUUCAAGGAAGUGUAAUAAGAAUAAGAUAUCUAAAAAUUCUCAAUGUGGUGUUGUGUCUAUCUCCGUUCUUUAGUGCAUUUGUGUACAUUGUUUCACACAGUGAGAGCAAACAGGAAGAAACUGAAGCCCUAACCAGAGAUGAAAAUGAUGGUAGUGGUGAAUGUAAGCACUUUUUUUCAGUAUUAGUAGUAUUUUGCCUAAAACAUUAAGAGCAAAAAGAUUAAUUUGAACGUUUAAGAAGAUAGAUAAAGCAUUGUUAAAUAGUUGUGCCAAAAGCAUGAGGCGUUUGAAGGAAGGUUAACGUGCGAAAUAAAACAGGAAUAAAAAUCUCAAGAAUGAA